UUUGACCAGUUUGACAGUUGACAGUUGACAGAUAGUGAGGGUUGCGUCAAGUGUUUCAGAGACCAGGUUAUAGUAAAUAUUUUUUUCUCAAAAACAAAUCGUGAAUGUAAUUACUGUGAUUGCCCAAGUACUAUGUGAUUGUAUGUGUAAAACUGCCGUUUUAUUUUUGUUUAAUCGUGAUGUCAAAAAGUGAGGUUACCUCGAACAUGUCCCUCUCCAUAGUCGACCAACUAGAAAACGAAUGUUAUCUUAAAAACCCAAAUGACGCUUUAAACAAUGAAGUGAAGUCAAAAAUAGAAGAAUUUUCAAACUGGUUUACCACGGCGCGUCUGUAUUUGCUCAGAUGCCCACCUGAGGAAAACGAAACCUUUAUUUACCUCCUUCUCAACUUGAAGAAAAAACUCAAAUUCGCGUUGUCAGAAAUCAGUAAAUCAGUCAGUUACACAAAGCAGACAUUCACUUGUAAUGUUUGUGCCGAAACUGUGGAGAUUCAACCACAAGAAAACAUCUGGAGCAAGCUUCAAGAGCAUCCUCAUUUCGAGGAAACUUACAACCAGCUUUAUGAGUUCGAUGACAACUUCGAGAACGGAGAGUCGUCAACAAAUGACGACAUUAGUGAAGAUUUAAACCAGACGGUGCAUACUGCGGAAUCAACGAAUGGCUUAAAUGACUUCAAAUUUAAUUUCAUAGUUACUUACGAUCAUAGGGUAGAGGAGGCUCUGUAUCCGGAGCCUUUGAUAUUGGCUGCACGUCGCAGAGAUAGCUUAUCUGAAUACACAAUACAGCGGUGCGGGGUGGGACGAGGGAACUGCUUAUUGUGUCCGUGCAGUUUGUUGUCGAGGGGUCGUGUUUCAAAAAUUACAUCUUUUGUUAUAAAGAAUCACUGUUCUGGGCAGAGGCACUUGAAGUAUGCAUCGAAUCCUCUGAAUACCAAUGCACUCAAACAAUAUCACGAGUUUUGGAGGAGUCAGGAUCCUAAUUUUCAAGCUCAUCAGUUACAUUUUAUUCCAGAACUUCCAGCUUUAAACUGCGUUAAAUGUCAAUUGUGUCAAGAAGUUGUUAAUUACAACGUGGUCAUUGAGCACAUUAAAGAUAAGUCUCAUAGGAAUAAAGUCUUGAAGAUUUUUCCCAUUCCUGAAGGAAAAUUGACUGAAUUUUAUUUGUUGGACAUGCAGGUAGAGGUUUAUGGGGUUGUCGUGAAUAAUGUCAAGAAGGAAGAAAUAGAAAAAGUGAAAGAAAUGAAAAAUGGAGGUUCUGCACCACCAAAAUGUGUUACUGUCAAGUUUGUGGUUGACCCAAAUGGCAUAAUGUUACCACCUAGACACAAUGAGCACUUGGCUUUCUUAAAAAGGAACUUAGAUGUGGUUACAUGCAUACUUUGUAAAAUGAAUUUUAAAAAUGACAGAACAGACAUAAGGAAUCAUAUUUAUAGUGCCCAACAUAAGCAAGCAUCUGGUGUUUCAUAUUCUAAGUAUAACUUCUUUUGUGAAAUUUGUAAUGCUCAUAUUAAAGAUGAGGUCGCUUGGGAGGAUCAUUUUAUCAAAGGACCUAAUAGGCACGACAGUAUGCCCCAAGGAAGAAAGCAGAAAGUGGCCGAAUACGAAUGCAAAACCUGCAUGACUGUAAUCUACGGCGACGAAAUGUCCCUGAAGCGACACAGUUCUCGAGGCGGCAAACCCGGCAGAGCAAAAGAAGUCAAAAUACCUUUCUCCGUGAAGAAGUUAUUCGGGUCGACAAAUUUCAUCGACGAUCAGGCGCGGUGUUUACAAGUUGAAGCGAUUCAAGUCAUUGAUCAUCAAAAGAAAAUGCAAAAGUGCCUUGAAGACUUGGAAGAAGCGUUGCGAGGAAUUUACCCGAAUUGUAAAGCAUAUCCGUUCGGGUCGAGAAUAUCGGGACUAGGAAAUCAUCAAAGCGACUUGGAUGUGUUCAUGGACACCGGUGAUAUGUAUUUGGGUACUAACUACCAAGACUCCCAAACUCAAGAGCAGUUUGUUAAAAAGGUUGCAAAGGUAUUGAAAAGUUUCAAGGAAGAUUUUUCUCAUGUCCUUCCUAUACCUUCAGCAAGAACUCCAAUUGUUAAGGUACACCACAAUUUUACCAAGUUAGACUGCGAUAUUUCGUUCAGACACGGAUUAGGUGUUGAAAAUACCAAAUUCUUAAGGUUUUGUAUUGACUUACAGCCAAUCACGCAGCCUUUUAUUCUGUUAUUAAAAAAGUGGUCGGACUGUUGCAAACUUAACGAACACAUAACGAAUUAUGGGCUUGCAUUAAUGGCUGUAUUUUUCCUACAAACUAGUGGUUAUUUGUUACCUGUCAAAACUGUGAGGAAUUACAAUCCUACUCAAUCUUUAAUAAUAGACGGCUGGGAUACGUUAAACUAUACCGUCGCAAUUGAAAGAAUGAGGGAAUUCGUGAAACCGUACAACGCAAACAUAAAACAGUUGCUACGGGAUUUCUUUUUUUAUUUUUGUAAAUUUGAUUAUGCUAAUCAGGUAGUGUGUCCCCUGCUGGGUACCACUAUCCCGAAGCUCCUUUUUAACGAAAAACCAGACGAAAACUUGCCUAUAGAAAUGAAAAGUUACAUUCAAAGGAUACAAAGCGAAAAUGGCGAACAAUUUCGUGGUUUGUCCCCAUUUUGUAUCCAGGAUCCGUUUGAUUUGAGCCACAACUUGACAAAGGCUUGCCAGCACGGCACGAUAACGAAACUCAAGGCUUUUUGCACUUUGACCUAUGAGUUUAUAGACUCCAUUGAAUAAAUUUCAAGUGCCUGAAGGGCCAUGUCAUUCAUGGAUGGCAAUUUCAUUGUAAAUGUCUUUAUAGUUUAUAAACCGAAUUACAGACAUUAAAUGGUAAACAUACA